ACACUAUUUUAGCUCCAACUAUUGGAAAUGUCCUUAAACACAACUUUUGGUAUUUUCCCUAAAUAUUUUUUGUUCACCAAAUGAUGCAGUUUUGGCGGUUUUUAAUGACUGAAACGACAUCGGAUAAUGACUCUGAGUUGUAAAAUGCUAAAAUUGAAAGGUUAACUUUUUCUAUGCCAAAUUUUAAUUUUGUGCUUAAAUUGCCAUGAACUUGAAAUGUUGAUAUUUUAUAUGCAAAUUAUAAAUAUAUACUGUCUGUUAGAAUGAGACACUAAAAAAGUUUUGUUAAUACCAUUGCACAUACAGCUAAAGAUUUUAUUUUGUAUGAUAUACUUUUUAAUGGCCUUGAAAUGAUUUGAUUUGAAACAGACGGGAAUAAUUCUUGGUCCAACAUUUCUUGGAAGAUUUGGUUUUAUGAGAAAAAUUAUAUUUCCUCAUGAGAGUCAAGAUUUAGUAUUUACUUUAUCAUAUUUUGGAUUCGAAAUUUUUGCGUUUAUAACUACAACAAAGAUGGAUUUAGGAAAAGUACUAAGAACAAGCAAAUUGGUUAUAUACAGCGGCUUAGGGAAUGUCCUACUACCUUUAUAUCUUGGUCUGAGUUUGACAAGAAUUUACAGGAAAAAAUUAGAAGAAGAAGGGUUGAUAAAUGAAGCAAAAAUUGUAGCUAUCAUGCAAUGUUUCUCUACAUCAUCAAUCAUAGCAAAUGGUCUUGAAGAACUCAAGAUUAUAAAUUCCGAGAUCGGAAGAUUGGUACUAUCUUCGGCAUUAAUUGGUGACAUAUUGGGCAUAGCUCUAUCCGCUGUAGUCGUAACAAUUAUGCGAAAAGGUCCAAAAGAAACCUUUUUCAUUAACAUUUUUGCAGUUAUUGCCUUUAGUAUUGGGGCGGUCUUCAUAUUCCGCCCUGCAAUGUUUUGGAUAAUUAGACAAACUCCUCAAGGUUCACCUAUUAAAUCCACCUACAUUUUGGUUAUCAUGGCAGUAAUGUUUCUAUCGGCUACUUAUUUCCAAUAUUUCCACCUGUCUAGGAGCAUAGGGGCGGUUAUCCUCGGGUUUUCUGUCCCUGCAGGUCCGCCAUUAGGAUCUGCUUUGGUAGAAAAAUUUGAAAUUGUCACGACGAAACUCCUUUUACCUAUUGUUACGGUUCAAGCAGUAAUGAGAGCUGAUUUAACCGUAAUUUUUACGAAUUUUUCAAGAAUCAAAUUCUACGUGAUUUUGGAAGUAUUUGUUUUUGGAUCCAAAUUUCUUGUGUCUCUAUUAGCUGCAUUAUAUGCCAACAUACCACUCAAUGAUUCAUUUUUAUAUGCCGCGGUUAUGACAUGUAGAGGCGCAGUUGAGAUGUCCAUUUAUUUGGUAGCAAGAGAUACUCGGAAGCUAGGAGAUGAGGUUUAUGCGCUCUUAACUUUUGGCGUCUUCAUUAGCUCGACUUUUACUUCAAUAAUUGUGAAAUCUAACUAUGAUCCAUCAAGAAAAUAUGCGGGCUAUCAGGCAAGGAACAUUGUAAGUUUAAAGCCAAAAUCACAUCUCCGAAUUCUUGCUUGUAUUCACAAACCUGAUCAUGUAACUUCUGUUAUAAGUCUACUCGAAGCAUUUCAUCCUGCCACAGACAGACCAAUCGAUAUAUGCGUCCUUCAUUUGAUUCAACUAAUUGGUCGAGCCACGCCGAUUUUGAUUUCCCAUCAAAAGCAAAGUCGAAUAACCAAUCCGCGAUCUCAAAAUGUAAUAUUUUCAUUUGCUCAAUAUCAACAAAAUAAAUGUGAUACUGUAUAUGUCUCUACCUUCACGAUAAUAAAUAAACCAAAGAUAAUGAAUGAAGAUAUUUCGAUACUCGCGCUCGACGAGCUCACAUCCUUAAUACUGCUCCCGCUUCAUCGACGAUGGUCUAUCCAUGGACAAAUAGAAUCUGAAGAUCAAGAUAUAAGGAUUGUAAAUUGCAAAGUUCUUGAAAAGGCUCCUUGUUCUGUAGGUAUAUUUUUUGACCGUGGAAAACUUGGAUUCCCAUUUUCCAUGGAGGCAACACCAAGGCCUUCUCUUUCUAUAUGUAUGAUUUUCUUAGGAGGUAGAGAUGAUCGGGAGGCGUUGUCUUUAUCUAAACGUAUAGUUAAGGACUCGAGAACACGGUUAACAAUCAUACGCCUGUUACCUGAGGGUUUAGGCAUGGAUUCGAAGGAAGAUGAGGAUACAAUGAUUGACUCUUGGGCCUUAAAAGAGUUAAUCAAGAACCAAACUGAUUCUUUAUCAAAUAUUGAAUAUAAAGAAAAAUUUGUGAAAGAUGGACCGGCAACUGCGCUAAUACUUCAUUCUAUAGAAGAUGAAUACGAUCUUUUUCUAGUAGGACGACGCCAUGGUGUAAUAUCACCUCAAACAUUAGGUUUAUCAGAAUGGACUGAGUUUUCAGAGUUGGGAGUUAUUGGAGAUUUGUUUGCUUCCAAUGAUCUUAACACUAGAGCUGCUGUUUUAGUGGUGCAACAACAAAUGAAGAUUAAAUUAGGUAGGUGAAAUAUUUACUCAAAUGAAAACUUAUCAAGUUAUGCGCGUUGACAUAUUUCAAUUUAAAAUACACUUUUGAGACUUAUAAACUUUUUCUUUAAAACAUAUUCUUGUAAAUACAAUUUUGCAUUUGCUAUUUCGGUGUAUCUAUUUUCGGGUAACAUUCAUUGGCAUAGCUAGAAAGUUAUGUUUUAUACUAAUAAAAAAUCUUUAUAAUAAAAAUGUGUAUAUCUCUAUUUAUAUAUCUUAUAAUCUACAUCUCUAUGUCUAUAUAUCUUAUAAAGUUGAGCUCCCAAAAAUCUUUCGACACUGCUUAGCCAAGUAGACUCCUCUACUUUUGCCAUGUGUAUAAUUAUUAUAAACCCAUUCAGACUUCUAUUUAAUUAACUUGUUCAUUACUGAUGGAUCACCCUAAUAUUCAUCAAAUUUUUGUUUCAUUUUAGUGCC